CUGCACUCGAGACUUGAGUCUGACUUCGAGAUGAGGAUGGCAAAUUGGUUGCAUAACCUGAACCGUGGUGGCGCACAGGGGGUGUGGAUCGUGGUCGAGCAGCUUGAGGUCAUAGAGGUACGAGCUUGAGACACAUGCGAUCCUGAUAGCAGUACCAGCAUCAGUGGUGGUGAUAAGGUGCGGCUUUCUUUUCAGAAACUUACAUCAUACCACUUGGUCCACACAGUUCGGAGCGGAGCUGCUGACAAUGUCUUCGGCCACUUGGGUCUCCGCACCCUCCAGUGUGUCGAUCUGGCGCAGCCAUGACACAUUUGCCACCACAUGUGCACAAGGGCCACAGUUGUGCGGGCCGAGAUUCGAGUCGCAGGCCAGUGCCUCUGCCGCCCACCGGAAGGGGCGGCUGCUGCCCAGAUCUGACAUGUGGGUAAAAAUGCAGCUAGGCAGCACCAUGCCUUCAGUAAAAGGGUUUUCAAGGGGGAAGAGGCGGUGCAUUCGAAUGGAGGCGCAACGAGCAGACACCGUCAGCGCAAAAGCAGCAGAGGACGAGGUGGUGGACCGGCAGAUUGGUGACUAUUGCAGCAUCAACAAGGAGGAAAAGAAGUCGCUGGGCGAGAUGGAGGCGGACUUCUUGGCGGCGCUGCAGUCCUUCUACUAUGACGAGCAGCCGAUGAUGAGCAACGAGGAGUUUGACAACCUCAAGGAGGAGCUGCAGUGGCAGGGCAGCAGGGUGGUCAUCAUGAGUCCCGAUGAGCAGAAGUUCAUGGAGGCAUGCCAAGCAUACUUUGCAGGGAAACCUAUCCUCUCCGAUGACGAGUUUGACGCACUUAAGAGCCAACUCAAGAAAAGCAACAGCCGCGUCACAGUGGAAGGCCCUCGCUGCAGUCUCCGCAGCCGCAAAGUGUACAGCGACUCGCAGCUGGACUACCUCAAGAUGACGCUGCUCAACCUGCCGGCCGCCGUCAUCUCCCUGGCCUUCGUCUUCCUUUUCGAUGACCUCACUGGGUUCGAGAUCACGUACCUCCUCGAGCUGCCGGAGCCGUGGAGCGCGCUGUUUGCGUACGGGGUCGUGUUCCCGUUCACCCUGUUCCUCACCUCCAAGCUCACCCGCGUCGUCAUCAAGGACCCCCUCAUCCUCAAGGGCCCGUGUCCGAAUUGCGGCGCGGAGAACACGACCUUCUUUGGCACCAUCCUGACGGUGCCCAGCCCCUCCGACACCAACCCUGUCAAGUGCGAAAGCUGCGGCACAAAUCUCAAGUUCGAAAGGGAUUCGCGCUUGAUCCUUAUCGACGAGGAUGCCCCCGCCAGCAAAGGACCGAAAUCGCCACCGGGACCCAAGCGACCUCCUGCAAAGAAGCCAACCCCUGCGGAAGCGUAGAAAAGGGGUCCGGAUGCGCUCUCCUCAACGGAAUCAAGUUGACUGUGUACGUUGGUGUUGGACUCUAUAUUCGGGUUGAUACAUUCAUUAAACAUAGAGCAACAUUGCAUGCACAUGCAUAUUCAGGGACGUUUUGAGAUGAGAGUUGGCACUUCUGCAUGAGAUUUGAUUGUGAGAAGCUGAUUGCUGUCUAGCAUGACCACCGUACUGUUGCGGCACUCCAUGAGUUAUGCGCCUGCGACUCGGCGG